GUGCUCUUUUCUGUACGUAAACGACUGCUUAUCAUUUGCUGCUGUGGUCAGCUCCCAAGCAUUGCGACCGGGAGAGGAGAGACGCUGCACACACACACACACAGGCAGAACAUCGAUGUGCGCACCUUAUUGCGUUUUCUCACCCUUUAUGUUUCUUUGGGACUGAGGCGCAAUCCAACGUGCUAACCUCCCUUCCCUGCUUUGUGGUAUCGAAACAGUAUCAACACAAGCUGGGGUUUGUCUACCUUGCUGUUGCAUUUUCUCUCUUGCUGCUUAUUCUAAUCGUUGUGCUGACGAGUGCGUGUGCUUAGUUUUUUCUUUUUAUUUUUGGAGAGCUCCUUCGCCUUCAUUUCCCAUCUCAUUUGGCGUGCGGUAGUAGCUGGAGGUACCCCUUCGACGAAAGUGCCGCUGUGCCUGUGUGCGUGUGUUCAUCGUACUCCGCUUUCCAUCUGAGGGAGGGAGAACAACACGGAAGUGGAGACGGAGAGAGAGAGAGGGGGAGGGGCGCGGCUGCGAGCACAACACUGUCCUGCCUAUAUCUUUCGCUUCGUCCACCUUCGCUCGUGCGUCUUUGGCGCGAUGCUGCUCAGCAAACAACCGGGUGACACCGGCAUCUACGCCAGUGCCACCUCCACCCAAGUGCGACUCUACUACGUCCUUGACCGCGUCUUACCUUUUGUCGGGGACAUAACGGCUGCGGCGGAGGCGGUGGGGGAGCUGGGCAGUGGCGGCGCAGCAGUACCCGGGUUUCACCUCGACGAGAUCAGCGUUUCCCGCCGCAUCGCUGCCGCGCCGGCGUGCGUGCCACGGGAGCAUCUGCGCAUGUUGUAUCGCCUGACUGCCAACGGCACCGGGGCGAGCCGCCCGGGCGGGGCUUUUCGAGCGGACGAUUAUCCUCCUACCGCCUCCCCGCUUUACCCAACGUCCAGCGUCAGCAACACGCACCGUCAUACUUCUUCUUCUUAUAUCCCUACCUCUGCCGCCGCCGCACUCUUCCAUGAGCACCCGGAGCAGCGACUGCCUGAUGAGGCGUCGUCAGUCCAUCGCUGGGGGUCGCCCCUCAUACCCUUCCACACGGUGCACUGCAGCAGCAGCGGCAGAACGACAGCCACCGUCCACGGCAACGGCGCCGACUCCGCCUUGGGAGGGAAGUACCACAAAUCGACGCAAAAGUGGGCAGCGCCGCCGACGGAAGCGACGGCGAGUGCGCAGGACAGCGGGGUGACCACGGGCCACGCCUUUCCCGUCCCCAUUAACCAUGGCGCCUCUGCGACGGCCGGUGGAAACAUUGAUCCUGUCCCACGUAGUGGACGCUUCGCCAACUCCCCCCACGGCGUCCUUAGCACAUCUGCUGCUGCCGCCGUCCCUACCACCCUCUCCCUGAGCUGCGCGACAGACUGCCUCCUGUUCUUUCUCGCAAGCAGCGAGGGCCACAGCUGGAUUGGCCGCAGCGACGCCACCACCCUCUCGGCGCUGCGUGUGUCGACGUCACUACCGUUGCGCCGGCACGGCGGUACGGAGGCUGGGUUGAACGGAGGCAGCCGGUACACCGGUCUGAACGGUGCCGUCAACGCCGCAUCCUCCUCCUCCCUGCGUCCGCCACGACCUUUCUCGAGCGCCUUUGGCGUGCACGGCAACACGUCGUUCCCCACGCACAGCCUCACCAGCAGCGAGCGCAUGGCAGCCACCCCACCCAACACCGUCGUCGACAGUUCGGUGGUUCCCCACGCCGCGGCUCUCAUCGACUCCGGCAGCGAAGAAGACGAAGUGGUGGCGGAGGAGAACGAUGAGGACGACAGCGUCGACGACGGUGGUGCCGACGCAGCACGGGACACCACUGGCAGGUGUACACACCGUCGCGGCAGCUUCGCCGGUCCCACCGCACGAACCUCUUCGACGGAUGGGCUGGAGGCUUUUCCUGGCGUCCCGCCGACGACGAUGGUACUGCCCGCAGGUCGCACCUUCCCCCGGCACGACCGCACCAUCACCGCCUCCGGGUGGGACCCGCGCAACUCCGCUAUUUUGGCCCUAGGCCGACAGGGCGGCAUCGUGCAGCUCCUCGAUGUGGAGUAUCUGACCGGCUCGGCGGCCAGCACGCGGUGCAGCUCCACCACCAGCUCUGCCGCGACCGAGGACACCGCUGAGCCUCGCAACUCGAAUGUGAAUGGAGCAGCACGUACCGUGACCAGUGGUGGCGGUGGUGGUGGUGCGCGUCUGAUGCCGUACAGCGGAGCUGACCACCUCAGCUGCAGCGUCAUUCAGCAGCGGGAGAUGGUCGGACCCGUGACGGCGCUGGACUGGAUGCCGCAGUCGCACCUGACUGUCGUGGCUGCUCGACGCCGCGACGGGCUGGGCUGCUACGCCGAGCUUUUAGACCUGCGGGCGUCGCAUGACGGGGUAACCUACCUCGGUGCGCCGCCGGAGGUUUUCGGCGUGCCGGUUUGCGCACGCGGGACCGACAGCGCCGCCCCGUCGGUGCUGUGCAGCGCUGAGCACGUCGCCUGCCACCCGUCCCAGCGCUACGUCGCCACCGUCGGCACAUCUCGCAUGCGCGACAUUGUGCAGCUCUGGGACGUCCGCAUGGCCACCCAACCCGUGGCCUAUCAAGUCUACGCUCGCGCCGGCUACACGUCGCUCUGCUGGUGUGCGGCGCAGACAAGUGUGGUGCUGGGCACGACGCGCGACGGCGGCCUGCGCGUGCACCGCUUCAAAGAACUCGCUUCCCACACGGCGACCACCACCAACAGCGGCUCAAGCGGUGCUCACUGGAACACCACCGGGAGUGGGGCGCCGACAGCCGCUGGAAGUGCGAGUCACCGCAGCCGGCGACGCCGUGGCACGAACAGUGGCCCGCAGCACACUUUCACCGCCAGCGCGGGGGAGCCGGAAGCGUUGCGUGAGCGCUGGGGUGUCGGCGCCGGUGGCCACCCACGCAACAACAUCAACAGCUACAACAGCGGCACUGAGGCGGAGGCGGAGGACGACCUCCUCGACGACUCCGGCAGCUUCCGCUCCGGUGCUUCCGUCGAAGGGGCCGGCACGGCGCUUUCAUCGACAACGGAGGGCAGCAACGCGCUGGUGCAGGUGAGCGUGAAGGCGCAAUCGGCGCUGAAGUGCCGCCUGCCCUCCCGCGUCCCCGCCGCGUCGGUGGCGUGGGUGUGUAGGCCUUCCGCGGAGGGGCUCUCUGCCGUUGCGGGAGGGCAGGCAGGUGAGACAGGCGACGUGGCGAGCGCCUCCCCACUGCGCCGAAGCACCCACGGGAAAGGGAGUGCGUCGCGUCGUCGACACUCGGGCGUUGACAGUGAGGAAGACCGGGAUGUGGCGGGUGCGGGCGGCGAGGGCGAGGGCAAGGCAGUGCGCAUCAGCGGUGUCAUGGAGCGCGGAUGCCGUACCGACCUCACGCAGCUACUCCUGUUGAACUCCAAAAACGGCGAGCUCUACGCACAGGUCUUUAACCCACGCGGGAGUACCGUGACGAUUAUGAAUCAGAACGUGGGACUGGUCGGCAGCGGCCCCAACGCCUUUCUUGUGCGAUCCUCCAUGGCGUACAAAACGGCGAUGUACGCGUACGAGGAGGCGGUGAUGCGACAGCUCGAGCGGCAAGCGGUGCUGGCGGCGGCGACGUCGGCAACGGCGGAGAGCGAUGUGCCGUCGUUGUCUAUUGGGCCCACGACAGCGAACAGCGGCAAUGUCGUUGGCUCCGCAGGAGGCACGUCGCCGCUGCUUUCCGGCGGUGCCAACGGUGGUGGUGGCGAUGUCGAGGCGAGCAGCGGCACUGCGGCAGCCGCAGCGCGACGACGGAAGGAUCACCCCGUCGACUUGAUGGGACUCGGACUGCUGGACGAGGAGGACGAAGACGAAGAGGAUGAAGACGAGGACGUGCGAAGUGCCGAUGGCGCAGGCAGCAGCCACCACCACCACAACACAACCACUGCCACAGAUGACGUGAACACAAACGUGGCGGGUGGUCCGCGCGAGCGCCACGCGGAGCGACAGGCCGGUUGCGACGGCAAUCUGAGCUACACCAGCCGGAAUGGGGGAGACGCGGCCGCGGGGCAGAGCUAUGGCGGGACAGCGGAGGUCACGGCCGGGGUCUUGCCCGGCGUGCCCGACCGUGCGACGGUGCAGGCGAAGUUGUUCACUGCGCCGGCCGUCCGUGCCUCGCAGACGCGGCGUGCGGGUCCGGCCCAGGCGGCAAAGACGAUGCCGCAUCGGAGAGAAGAGCCAAGCAACGGAAUGUGCAAUGGGGGACGGGGUGAAACGGGCGCUGCCGCGUCCGAAGACCCGCCAGCCCACAGCGCGUCAGCCCCUUUGACGGGCGCCCCGUCGCGCCCUUCGUCUCCCACCGCAGAGGUGCAAAAGCCGGAAGAUGCGUCGGGACCGGCCAGAGCCGCGUCGUCUCAGGCAACCGUCCCGCAGGAGCUCAGCUACUGUCAGUUCCACCGCGUUGACCGAGCACGGCUCAUCUGGCGCCGCCUGCGUGGUGGGUUUUCGUGUGACCCAAUUCGCAACCUGCGCGUUCUGUUGAACGAAGGCAUUGACCGCGAGGCCUAUUCGGCGUUCUUGUAUGGCUGCUGCGUGUCCAUGCUGCUCUACCCAUCCUCCACCGGCAAAGGCGAUGCCUCAGAGAACCAGGAUGCGACGGACACCCCUGCCACCGCAAAUUUGAGAUCUUCUUUUCCUUUCAUUCUCGGCGCACAACGCGCUGUCCCUGGCAUGCUUGAGCUGCUCGUCUCGGAGCGGCGACUGCGUGCGCAGCUGGGACUGCGAGACAUGCGCUUGACCUCACGGUUCCGUCCCUGUCAGCACAACGCCACGGUGCUGGCAGAGGUGGCGACCUCAAUGGAAACAGAGUCUGUGAGCUCGACGGAGGCGGCGGUCGCGGUCUCAGCAUCUCCGCUAUCUUCCACCGUACCCGCAGCGAUGCGCAGAAACCCACUCAACUUUGCCGCACCGGGGCUGCCGGGGCUGCCGAGCGCGACGGACAGAGUUCAUAAAGGUUUGUCAGGCUUCUUCCACAGGCCCUUCGAGGCUACCGCCGCCACUAUGCAGAGCGGAGGAGGGCGACUGCCCACCCCGGGCUCGUUAGCAGUUGCUGCCCACGUGCACGUCGGUGGUGAUGGUGCAGGCUCGGCUGGACGCGGCGCUGCAGCUGUGACAUCAACGACGCCAAUGCUGCCAGGCUGCACUAGGGUGAAGUCAACGACCACCGGUGGCAGCAGCAUCGUCACGGAGCAGCAGCAGCCGACACACGCGGCCGCGAUGGGCAUGUUGCACCAGCUCAUUUUGCAGUCCAUGGGCUGGCUAGAGCCGCCUGUGCAAUGCAGCGUCGACACGCACGACAAGAGCGCGAGUGGCGGGGUGGGUGAUGGCGGGCCUGUGGGGGAUACAGCGGCGUCGCACAGAGGCCUGGAGGAGGGAGGGGGGGAAGUGCGGCGCACAGCACCGCAACACGCGUCAUCCAGGCAUCCGCCGCGGCACCCUGCCGAAAAGUUUUUUGUUCAAGGUGAUGGUCUUGGCCAGCAAAGUCUUCAGGAAGCGCUGGAGCGCCGCGUGACGGUGCUGGUCCUGCUCGACCGCCUAAAGGACGCCGCAGAGCUGCUGUCCCUGUACAGCACUCACAAUCCACAGUACCCGAGUAUUGCCCUUACGCUUUCCGCGGCACAAGGGCAGACCUCCGCGCUGCUCAACCUGACAGUCCCGGAGAGUCCCGGCGUGACAUUUUGGGCUCAUCUCUUGCUGACCUAUCUGCAGCUGCUCAUGGAUCGGCAACGGCGCGCAGAGUCACAACCGAUAAAUCCCGCGGAGAGUCGAUACGCAGACCAGCGGCAGACGGCGGACGCAUCCGCCGCGGGCACUGCCGCGGAAGAGGCGGAGGAAGUCGUUCCAGUAAAAACGACGACGCCGACGACGACUCGUUUCGACAGGUUAUUUACGGUGCCGGAGCAGAAAGCGGUGGUGCUGCGUCUCCUGCGAGGGCAUCCGCGCCUGGCCACACCUGACAAAGUAGCCCUGGCUGCUGCACUUCUGCUGCCUCCUCAUUACCACGGCGCGCACGUGAACAACCUGAUCGAAGUGCUACAAGUCCUCGUGCACCAACAGUAUCGCGCGUGUGCAGGGCUGGUUAGUGGGACAAGCACCGGCUGCGGCGCCGCACCGCCCUCCAACGCGCCGAUACCGACUGACUCUUCACCUUCACCGCCCGUGGCACGGACGCAGCGGCAUGUUGACGGGAAGCGUGCUCUGCCGUCCUCUGCGGUGGUCCCCGCAUCUACGCCCCUUAACGUUUUUCACGCGCCGCGACCGCAAGGCCGCCCGAUAGCCCAGGAAGGUCACCUCGCCGACGUCUUUGCAGCGGGGGCGGGGGGCGCGGUGGACCAUUUCGCCCCCAUCUGCGGCUGCUCGCUGCUGCUCGUGACGGCGGUGGAGGCGGCGAGCACCGACUGCCGUGCCUUGCAGCGGUACGUUGACGAGGCCGGCGACACGCAGACGACGCUGUGCUACAUUGCGGUCUUUGGCAAUAUCACCUCCUCAACGUUUCGGCUAUGGCGCGAGGCGUACCGGCGGCAACUGAAUGAACUCGGCCUCUCCCUGUGGCGUAGUCAGUUGGACCUGCAGUGCGUCAAGCUGGCGCGGGCGCGCGAGGGAGCGGGGGGCGGUGCGUCGUGGGUGGGUGGGGUGGGCGGCAGCGGCGGGGCAGCAGGGAUCGGCCCCGACGCCGAGGACGGCCGCAAAAGUGGCGGCGCGGGAGCCCGGAUGCCGGGUGUGCGCGGCGGUGUGAGUGGCGUCGACAGUGCCGGCCCGCCCAGCGCCACAGGUGCCGCGGCGACGCUAUUCCACUCCGGUAUGCCGGUGCCGAAAAGAGUUCCCGCUGUCCUUGGGGCGCUGGGAGGAGACAUGAGUGCGGCCCCAGCUUCUUCGGCAGCGGCGAUGAUGUCGACGCAGACUGCCAUGAUGAUGAAGCGAACACUGAAAGGGUUUGCUCAGACCACGGCGACCUCGACGAUCGAGCGGGACCGGUCGAUGCGGGAGGCUGCUGCUGCCGUGGGCACCGAAAGCGCUGACGUCGCGAACGACCGUCAUCGCAGCGUCGAACUGCGCUGCAACUGCGGACAGGCGAUGCACGCCACCGCGCUCGGAAAAAGCUCCGUGUCUGCGAUGGUGUCGACCAACUUUAUUCGCAGGCAGCUAAUCCCCUGCGGUAAUCCCGAGUGCCGGCAGUGGCAGACGCCGAUGUGCACCGUCUGCGGUGAACGCAUGGAGCACCGCGCGACGGAGCUACCGCCCGAGCGCUUCUUCGCCUGGUGCAGCGUCUGCUUGCAUGGCGGACACGCGUGCCACUUACGCGAGUGGUUCGGUAAGCACACAAAGUGCCCCGUCGAGAACUGUCCGUGCACGUGUUGCGACAACGCACUUAACACACACACGUCGGUUCCCUCUUGA